UUGUACAUGGAAUAUUUAAAGAUAUAAAUGUUACAUUAACAAAUUGAAACUUCUAGUCAUAUUUCAGUGUUAAUAAUGUUUUUCAUAAACUAGUACUGUUGGAGAAAAAUGAAAGAAAUGGUUGGUUUCAUUUAAUUUCACAUACAUCUUCAAAUUGCAUGAGAGUGUACGAUGGCAAAUAGCAUCAAAUUGACUGUAUUAUGUUCACACUAAAAUUUUAAGAACCAUUUGAAUUUGAAAUCAGGAUUUUAUAUUUUAAAAUAAAAAUGUUCAAAAGAGCAGCAUAUAAGCCCUUCUCAUUUUUGAAAGAAUAUUCAAAAUGUUCUUCCUAUGAAAAAGCUAGUCAUAUUAGACAUAGAAUAAUAGAUCCAAAUUAGAGUAUGUGUCAUUUUCCUGCAAGAAGAAAGACAGAAGUAGGAACAAGUUCAUUCUUGUUUUUUGAUGUGGAUAUUUUUGUGCUCUUCUUUAUUCUGUCACAUCACAUAAAAUAUUCUAGUUCAAAAAGUAUUUCCUACAGCAAAACUGGAUUUUAGUCAGUCUGAGAUAGAAAUAAACUAUAGGAUACUAAGUUAAAUUGACUAUUUCAAGGAAAAUAUUUACUUUUGUAAAAUUUUGGAAUGGGAUUCAUUGAAUAGUUUGGUUAUGUGUCUUGGAUAAUUUCUCACUAAAUUCUGUUCAUAAGACCAAUAUUUGCCACAAGAUAAAUAGAAAAAAUAUUAAUACUAUUGUCCUAAAAAAGAACUAUUAUUGCUCCUCCUUUUCUCUCCUCUCACCUGAGACAAGCAAACAAGAAAAAUAUGAUCUGGUAAAUCACACUAGAAAUUAUGACAUAGUUUCACAGUUACCUUUUAGCAAAGUGUCAUGUUUAAAUUUUCCUGUCCAGAAUGAACUCACAUAUUUCUCAAGCUGGAAAUAAAGCUGUGAUAAUGCAACCUUUACAUUUUGCAGAAAGAUAAAAUGAAUUGUAUCAGUCAUACAUGCUAAGAUCCAGUAAAUGCUAAGAGAAUACCAUAUGAUUUAAUAAGUAAUAGCAUUACUGGGUAGACAAACAUUAUUUUUCACUAAAUAUCUAUAAAUGUUCUUAAAAUACACUGUGCUAAUAUUUUAAUUCAAAUUUUAAAAUUGUUGCCUUUUGUUGUAGAUGUAGAUGUUGUUGAUGAUCUGCCUAUAACCUCUUUUAGCAUUGCAGUUGAAAUUGGCAGAAUUUCCAAUGCCAAUCCUUGCAUUUCUUUACUUAAGGAAUGCUUUGGCCACCAGACACCAUUUCACCAAUCAAAGCAGGCUGGAAGUGCCAGGGAAUUAAUGCCCCUGGGGGCAGCCCUCAGCUAAUGACUAAUGAGAGUUGGUAUAUAAAUAUCCUAGCUCUAAUUUUUAGGUCAGAUACAUCUAAGGGGUGUCUUCUAUAUUGAAUGUCUGAUUUUCCCCAGCCAGAUUAAGAUGCAUUUGUCAACAGUUUUAAUGGGGCAGCUAAUGUUCCUUGUAUUGAUAAGAUGUCUUCAACUCCUUGUCUCACUUCCUUUCUCCCCUGCUAGUGUUUCCUCGCAUCAUCUCCCAGAUAGACUUCUUACACUUGAAUUAUUACCUCAGGGUUUCCAUCUGGGGCAACACAAACUAAAAUCCUUUCUUUCUUUCUCUCUAAAGUUAUGUUAGAAAAUGGAAAAGAAUCGAGUGAACAAAUAGAUAAAUGGGCUUCUAAAGAAGAUUGUGGCUGAGGUGGGAAAAUAUAGCUUUCAGAAUAUUCAGAUGGCUUAGAUGCAAACACAAAGACAGGGACAAAAUAUUAAUAACAUGGAGAUCUGUCUAUUAUUUGAGAAAGCAAAAACUAUGGUCUGGCAUCACCAAUGUUCAUAUCAAGGUGCUUGUAUCAAACUUAUGGUAGGAAAUAGGACAAAAGACAAAAGAGUUAUAUGCAUUUCCCAUUUUGAAUAAAACAAAAAGAGCUCUUUGGGUGUUUUGGCAAGGACAGAAGAUACUAUUCAGUGAAUUUUUCUACUAUUUGAAUUUAUGUCAGAGGUACAUUUGAAAUGACCAGAUUAAGGGAAGACAUAAUUUGUGCUUUUGUGGCUAUCUGGGAGGACUUUUGUAUUUUGUCUGUUGGGAUGAAAAUUUUAAAGUUUACUUAACCAAUUGAUAUGUUUGUUUUAGUUAUGGCAAGAUAAUGAGUAGAAGAAUAAGCUAUCUAAAUGCCUUCCCAUAGCCAUGGAAGUGGAAUGAAAAUGAAAAUAAAUCAGUGCUUGCUAAAAUUGUUUCACCUUCUUAAUCAUCAUGAACAGGUUAUAUGUGAUUCCAUCUGAUAUACAGAGGAGGGAAAGUAGUAUAAGAAGACAUCUGAUGGCAACUGUAUGAUAGAAGCUAUAUAAAGUCAAGCGUCUAUAUAUCCUUUCAAGUAUAUUUGAGCAUACCCAGGAUAUAAAGUGUGAUUGAACUGAAAAUUUAUUGGGCUGAUCCUCAUCAUGAACCGUGCUUUUAGCAGGAAGAAAGACAAAACAUGGAUGCAUACACCUGAAGCUUUAUCAAAACAUUUCAUUCCUUAUAAUGCAAAGUUUCUUGGCAGUACAGAAGUGGAGCAGCCGAAAGGAACAGAAGUUGUGAGAGAUGCUGUAAGGAAAUUAAAGUUUGCAAGACAUAUCAAAAAAUCUGAAGGCCAGAAAAUUCCUAAAGUUGAGUUGCAAAUAUCAAUUUAUGGAGUGAAAAUUCUAGAACCCAAAACAAAGGAAGUUCAACACAAUUGCCAGCUUCAUAGAAUAUCAUUUUGUGCAGAUGAUAAAACUGACAAGAGGAUAUUCACUUUCAUAUGCAAAGAUUCUGAGUCAAAUAAACAUUUAUGCUAUGUAUUUGACAGCGAAAAGUGUGCUGAAGAGAUAACUUUAACAAUUGGCCAAGCAUUUGACCUGGCAUACAGGAAAUUUCUAGAAUCUGGAGGAAAAGAUGUUGAAACAAGAAAACAGAUUGCAGGGUUACAGAAAAGAAGCAGCAGAAGCAGCAGAUGCUGGAUUCAAGACUUAGAAACAGAAAAUAUGGAACUGAAAAGUAAAGUACAUGAUUUGGAAAACAAGUUAAGAAUAACUCAAGUAUCAACAUCUCCACUGCUGCACAAAAUGUCUGAUCAUGAGCAACACGGGUUUCAGAGAUGUUCACCCUCUUUCUGGCGUAGUAGUGAUGGUUCAUCUCCCUGUCUCAAUAUUUCUUCCAUCUCUGUCACUCCUGUCAACUCGCCUGAUUCCAGACUAUCAUUGGGACUGUUAAUACCACCACCUUCCAAAUGUGGCCUUCCCAAGCCAUUCAGUGAGAACAGCAUCCCAAGACCUCAUGCAGGCAGUGUGACACCUAAGUCGCCCUCCACUGACAUCUUUGAUAUGAUUCCAUUUUCUCCAAUAUCACACCAGUCUUCGAUACCUGCUCGCAAUGGCACACAGCCACCUCCAGUACCCAGUAGAUCUGCUGAGAUCAAACGGGACCUGUUUGGAGCAGAACCUUUUGAUCCAUUUAACUGUGGAGCAGGAGAUUUCCCUCCAGAUAUUCAAUCAAAAUUAGAUGAGAUGCAGGAGGGGUUCAAAAUGGGACUAACUCUUGAAGGCACCGUAUUUUGUCUCGACCCAUUAGAUAGUAGGUGCUGAUGUCAAGAACAAGAGACCCUGAUUCAUGUUAAAUUUGUUUAUAUGCAUAUAUAAUUCAUUAUUACUUUAAGAUAGGUAUUAUACAUGUGCCCAAUAUAUUUUUGAAUAUAUUACUGUUUUGAAAAUUAUUUCAGUAAAAUGUCUUUCUUCAUUUUCACGAUUGAUCUAUAAUUUUUAUUUUAAAAACAACUUGCUGUCAAGUGUAUCAUACUUUUAGUAUCCUUUCUGUUUCUGUGGUAGAUGAAUUUAUAAUUGAAAGACAAAUUAUACAAAUAUCUGCCUUGUGUGUGAGUUCUAAAUAAUCAGCACCUUGAAAUUUGAAUCCAUUUUCAAGGCUGCUAAUUUAUUGUUGAUUUCCCAAAAGCCAUACCUUAAUGAUACUUUUUAAAAUUCUGAAGAGAUACAUUAAUGCCAAACUAAACACGUUCUGUUUUCAAAUAAUAAACAUGUUGCCAUUCAUUAGACAAAUGCCAUUUUAUGUAUAAAAUGCUGCUCACAUCACUGGGAAAAUAUUAACUUUGAAUAUAAUGCCACCAGGUCACUAAGUUUUAGCAGGUAAAAUAAUAAGCAUAUAAAUUCCAAUAAUAAUUAAAACAAUGUAUUUAGAGUAUUUAUUAAAUAUUAGUAAAUACAAAGUGAUAAUUUUAGUUAUUAUCAGUUAUACUCUAAAUAUUUAAGUUUUUUCAUGAAUAAGGAUUAUGAAAAAUAAUGAAAAUCUGCUAUUACAAAAAACUUAAAAUUUUAUUUCUAAUGAGAUAAAUUAUAUUACUAUCACAGCUAAACAUUAUCUGAUCUGAUAUUCCUAAAAGUUAUUUGGAAUAUAUGCUACUUAUGGUUGCAAUAUCUAUCACCCAUAUUUACUUUACCAAAUAUAUUUGUUCUCCCUAAAUAGGUAUUAUCCUUCUGAUAGCUUCUUCUUUGAGAAAAUUAUUUUCUCACCAAAGCUUAUUUUGCAAUGCCCCAUUAAUUUUCAUACUUUAACAUCUAUGACAACUUUUUUAUGUGAAUUAUCAAUCUUACUUAGCAAAUUUGAUUUACAUUUGUUUUGUUGAAGUCAGAACCUCAUCUUUUAUAAAAAUCAAGUUGCUGCUCAGUUUAGUCUUGAACAUGAGCAAUUUAAUUCUCUUGGACCUCAUUCUUAAUGUGUUGAUGAACCUUGACUUUAAAAGCAACAUUUGCUUCCUAUACUUCUGCCCAUUAUGUAACAGACUAAUUUGUAUUCAGUGCAACAAAAAUUUCUGGUGAAAAUUUCUAAUUUAGUUCAUUACAUUACGAGAAAAAUAAAAUUAAUAAAAAUGUGGGCUUAUAUUGGAGGUGGCCCUCAAAAAUAGAUUUUUCUUUUACUCGUGGGAAUUUUCUUCAAGUGCUAAAGGUACAUUUCCAUUAGGAAAAAAAAUCAAAUAUGCUUAUGCAAUAUUAUAUUUGUGUGUAUCUCCAUAAUGUUGAAUGGUAUAUAUGAGUCUUCUAGUGUGUUUUCCUUUAUCUGUUUGGUUGUGUCUUAAUUAGAGGGCAAUAUAUGUUUCAUAAAGAAGAGUCUUUAUAAUUUUGUUUGUCAUAUAGUAUUUUGGAAUUUGUAUAAUGAGGAUGUUUAGAAGCCCUAUAUGUGGCUUUUUUUAACAGAUAGAUUUGUAUUUUUAUUGUACUUUAAAAAGAUUUAUGUAAUAGGUAUAUAUUUAGCAGCCAUUUAUUAUCAAUGGUAACACAAUAGAGUACUAAGAUGGUAUUUGCACAUUUAAGAUAUGUUACUUUACCAAUUUUUAAUGGUAAUCAAUUCUGCUACUGGCAUGAUUAAAUAGUACAUAAUUGGUCAUUAAUGAUGAACAUUUUAUUUCUCCAGUGCAUUUUUAUGAAGAUCUGGUUGAAAAUUGUAUUUCUAUGUAAACACGAUGAUAUGUUUGAUUUUGCUGAGAAUAAAUGAUUUUAAAUAAA